UCUCCUUCAAGCGUGGAUAUUGUCGUCUGUCUUCCUGGCAAGCAUGGGCACCUUCGCAGGGAAAGUGCCAACAGUUUAUGAUGUUCUACAAUUAGUGUACCAAGUGUGUUCGACAGAUGAAAUGCACCGUCAUGAAAGUUUAUCGUGCGUAAGCGAACAUAUGGGAAAAGAGGUAGAGGUAAUAGUGGAUCGUUGCUUUUUAGACUCUAGUCGUACCAUCCCUCCUGAUCAGGAGGUGAAUCCUCCAGUCAUUAAAGAGUUCUGCGAGCAGAUGACCCACGUGCCAGAGUGGGUGGCUAAGCACGCCAGCCCGCCUCCCCAGCUGACCAGAGUGAUGGGUUUGGCAGCUCUGGGCCGAAUGGCUUGCGUGCUGGGCGAGGUACAACGGCCAUUGCCGAUGUGGCAAGCAGCUUUCGCAAAAUGUUUCCGGGAUUACCAGUCGACAGCAACUCUAAACAAAAGCAGUACAAAGAACCGAAGUGAAAAUGCACUCCAACAGAACGAAAAAUAAAGCUUUUCUGGUCCGAAAAAAGUUCAAAACUAGCUCCAUGCAAAGCUGGAACCUAUCAAUGUGAUAUCCUGUGAGACAAUUGCAGUGUAAUAUAGUCAUUCAUUCCAUCCUCAUCAAGAAUUGCAUUUAAUUAAUACAUUCUGUUCCAAAAUGUUCGGUUCAAAUGUAAAUCCUCAUCUCACAAUCGGUACUUAGCGUAAUAUUCCGUUGGCCCUUUUCGCCAAAUAAAAAAUCAUCGCCAAGUGCGCAAUCGACUGCCAAUGAUGUGAAUGGAAUCACCUAACUUACUCUACUCAUUUUGAAAAACCUUCAGAUUGAAGACGUUUGGCGAGAUUCAUUUUUCCUCUUCAAUUUUCAUCUGGCAAUAAUUUUAAUUUUUUCAUAAAAAUAGUCGACGGAAUAAUACGGUAGCUGCCACACAUCCACAAAUGCAAACGAAUUGAUUGUUUAGAAAUUGAAUGUUACAAUCAUGCGGAUGUGGAUGAAGCUGUAUUUCAAUCAAAUCUCAAAAAUGGCAGUGGAAGUUUUGUAGCAGGAAUUUUCAAUU